AUGUCACCGAACCUCGACCUGUCUUUAGUGACAGCUACGAUACUGCUCAACAUAACUACAAUCCUCAUCCUCGCUAUCGAAACUCAUAAUUGGAAUAGUUCAGAGGUAGUCGACGGGCUCAUCUUACAGAUAUUCAGUCUUAUAUGUGUUGGUGAUACCACGAUGCUUUGGAAGAGGAUCCCUCUCUUGGCUCAACCUUGGACGUUUGGGUUGUACUAUAUCAUUGUCGGUUUAGCUGUCAAGCAAAUCCCAAAUUGGGUCAAUUACGAAUGCGCCUUUGCUGGUUUCGUAGGAGCGAUUCUUUCGGUCUUUCAAGGUAGACAAAACGUUUACGAUGCAUAUUAUCAGUACCAUAAAGAACAAGGCAAUGUAUGGCUCCUGAAUGAACUCCCUUUCGGUAGUUUCUACGCCGAGCAACAUCGCAGUGAAGCUGCCAACUCUACCGGAUACGACCAAAUCAAUACCAAAUCAAUAACAUCACAAGAGAGACAACUGCGUUCAAGCCGAAACCAAAAUUGCGAUGCUCCCGAUGCGAUCUACCAUGGAGAAGACUUCUACGGUAAUGCCGAUCAAUUCGUUGAAAUUGAUGAUGAUUUCGGAGGUAAAUACGCAAGCUCGAAUGGUCUCGCUGAAGCUGCCGGGUAUCUGUCAAAUGAUGCUGGUGGGUCAGGCUGA